UCCGUUCUAGGCUUCAGAAUUUCCCCGUUUUCAGACUAAGUUUAUUCACAGAAUGACCACCUUUUGCGUGAUGAAACUUCUAUGUCAAGCAACCAGAAAUGAGAAUAGAUACACAAAAAGAUUCUUUGGUACUCUCCUAACACAGACGCCACAAAAAAGGGUCUUUUCUCCAUUCUGGAUGGUGGCACCUGACCCUAGAAAGUCAAUGGUUUUUGGACUUAGUCAGCCAUUUUGCACAGCUGAAAAAUCACACAAGGAACCAAAAAGGACAGCAGCAUUUGGAAGUGUUGGGAGAAGAAUUCCCUAUCGGAUUUUGCAUGUAAUCAGCCAGGAUGGAGAGAGCUUAGGAAACAUGCACCGAGCAGAGGCACUCAAACUUAUGGAUCAACAUGACCUGAAACUGGUUCUCCUUUGUGAGAAGGCAGAACCUCCUGUGUACAGACUAAUGACUGGGCAGCAGAUUCAUGAAGAACAGCUUAAACGCACACAGAAGAAAAAGGAAAGUCCCAAACCAGGAAUGGUUCAGAAGGAGUUAUCCUUUUCUUCAGCUAUUGCCAAGAAUGACUUGGAGACCAAGACUAAACAGAUAGCACAGUGGAUUGAAAAGAAAUACCAUGUGAAAGUAACUAUCCGGCAAGCAAAAGAGAGCAAUGCAGAUAUGCUCAUGCUUUUUGAUCAGAUUUUGGAGACUGUUUCUGAGAAAGCCACUUAUCUUUCCAAGCCAAAAGUUACUAGAGAAGGAGUGAGUACCUGUAUUUUGAGACACAUGUCUGACAAAGAGUUGAAAGCAUACCAGAAGAUGGAAAAACAGAAAAACAGCACAGUAAAGAAAGAUGAAAAUGAAGAUCUGAAGUGAGUUGCAUCAGUGACUUUAUGAAGAGGCAUAAACAAUAUUAAUUUCUUAUUUAAAAAAGACUGUAAAUUUAAUAAAGUU